AUGAAGGCUGUUCCCUGCUCCGACCGAGACCUGGCACUCCCCGGUGGGGUUUUACUGGCUGGCUGGCAGCUCCUGUGUUCCUAUAAACCGAGGGCCAGAGCGUGUACCAGCGUAACGCUGAAGUCAAAAGACGCUUACAGACAAUUUGGCCACGAGUGUCGAACUCUGCGGCGGACGUUGCCUUUGACAAGUCCAGAGGAGAAGAUGUCCGACCCCGACUCCGGCACGUUUCUUGCAUCACGUUCCCAGCGCUGCCGGAAUGACCGGCGCGGGGAGCGGAUGCGCAGCGCAGCGGUGCGGCGCUCUCACGGAACGAAGCCCCGCGAUUCAGUCAAGCUGCAGCUUCAAGCAGAAGAAAGAGGAGUGGUGUCAAUCAAAGGUGUAAGCGCAAAUCGCUUUCUGGCUAUGAAGGAGGAUGGCAGGUUGCUGGCCUUGAAAUGUGCAACAGAAGAAUGUUUCUUUUUUGAGCGAUUGGAGUCUAAUAACUAUAACACUUACCGAUCACGGAAAUACUCUGAUUGGUAUGUGGCACUGAAAAGAACUGGACAGUACAAACCUGGACCAAAAACUGGACCUGGACAGAAAGCUAUCCUUUUUCUUCCCAUGUCUGCUAAAAGCUGAUUUCCAUGGCGGAUUCCGAGCACAUACGCCACACUACACGAAAGACGUCGAGUUUCCUACUCCUCUCUGAAGCAGCAAAAACAGAAGCAAUUAUUUGCUGAUAUUAACUACUCUUGCAGAUACC